AUGCUCGACACCAUGACCCAGGAACCACAAGUUCACUCCGUGUUUGAGCCAGUCACCGGAACUUGGCAGUACAUAGUCGCAGAUCCUAACACCAACGAAGCUGUCAUUAUCGACCCAGUUCUGGACUACGACAAGUCCUCGGGCACUAUUUCGACGCGUUCUGCCGACGAGUUGCUGGACUUGGUCACCAACCAUGAAUACAAGAUCCAACGCAUUCUUGAGACUCACGCCCAUGCCGAUCAUCUCACAGCAUCAAGGUAUUUACAAACUGUGCUGUCUCAGAAACAAACAGCAACCAUCCGACCUCUAGUUUGCAUUGGAAAACGCAUCAAAGACGUCCAGCAGACGAUGCAACGCAAGUUCAACAUUCCAGAGUCGGAACUAGAGGACGCUUUCGACCACCUCUUCGACGACGACGAAACAUUCAACAUCGGGGGCUUGACAGCGUCUGUUAUACAUCUUCCGGGACAUACCCCAGACCACAUUGGCUACGUCAUCGGUUCAAACGUCUUCACCGGCGACAGUAUAUUCAACCCUGACGUCGGAUCUGCUCGUUGCGAUUUCCCCGGAGGCUCGGCCGUGCAAUUAUACAAUUCCACGCAGAGACUUCUUCAGCUUCCACCACACUUCAGACUGUAUACGGGACACGACUACCCUCCUGACUCUCGAGAUCCACACCUAGAGCAAGCCGUGGAUGGUGCCGUUCCAUACACCACGGUGGAAACGCAGAGGAGAGAAAACAAGCACGUCAAAGCGGGGACCAAACUUGAAGAGUUCGUCAACUGGAGAACGGAACGGGAUAGUGGCCUUGCGGAGCCCAAGCUGCUUCGGCAAGCAAUGCAGGUGAAUGUACGCGGCGGGAGGCUUCCUGCGAAAAGUACGGAUGAUUUCAAAAUCGCCAACGUGCCUCUGCAUGUUUUUCAGGUGGCUGGCUGA